UUUCUAACACACGCGUCGCGGCAGCAGAUGCAGAACAAAGCGGAAUAGUAAAAUCAAUCGUUAUCGAAAAGGGAGAACGUAGAUAUGGUCGUAAAUAUUUUUAUAAACAAUAAACAUUUUAUUACUUGUGCAAGUCACAAUAAUUAUGACGAGCUAUGCAGUCAGAUUGAGGAGAACACAAACUUGAAACGUCAGGAUUAUUAUCUAGUAAGCAAUGGCAAACGUUUUAUUGGAGAACUUCAUCAUGGAGAUGUCCACUGCGUCGUUCGCCAGCUGGGCGGCAAAGGAGGGUUCGGUUCCAUGCUGCGAGCCAUUGGAGCCCAAAUCGAGAAGACUACCAACCGCGAAGCUUGUCGUGAUUUAAGUGGUCGUCGUUUGAGGGACAUCAAUGAGGAGAAGCGGGUACGUGCCUGGCUGGACAAACAGGGCGAGCGGGAACGUGAGGCCGAGGAGCGGAAGAAGCGAAAGAUUGAGAAACUGCUGGCCGUCCCCAAGCACGACUUCAAGGAUGACCAGUACGAGGAGGCCAGGGCUAAUCUCACCGAGAAGGUAAACGACGCCUUUGAGGAGGGACUCAAGCAGGUGGAGGAGAUAAAGGAAAAGCAGGCUCAAGCCAGUCAAGAAGCCUCCACCAGUGGCACCAAACGGAAGUCCCCCGCCGAAGAAAAAACUAAGGCUAAGAAAAAGAAAAAGGGCACUCUUUGGAUAGGUGAUGACAUCUCCGGAUCUGAUUCAGACUCAGACGACAGCGAGGAGGAGCAGAAAACCCAGAGGAAGGCCCUCAAAAACUAGGAAAACAGAUUAAGGAAUGAGUAGUGUUAAGGCUUUCUUACCAUUUCGUGUUUAAAUCAUAAGUUCUUGCAUCUUACAAUAAACCUAAAACACCGAAUAAACUGACUUGGCAACCUAUAAAAU